GUCCUAGUCUAGGCCUCGGAUCCUUAUUAACCUCGAUCUCGUGCAGUCGUGCAGCCAGUCAGUCAUCAGGCUGCAAUGGAGCGUCCGUGCCCGCGGCCGGAGCCGGCGGCGAUCGACAUCACCUGGGUGUCGUGCCGCGGCGUCAGGUCGUCGCUCCCGUUCCACACGCCGUGCCUCUACGCGUCCGUCUCCGUCACCCCGUCGUCGUCCGCCAAGAACGCGCACGGCCACCGCCGGCCCCACCGCGUGAAGACGCCCACCGACCGUGCCGGCGGCGAGAACCCCGAGUGGGACGCACCGCUGCGGCUCUACCUCCCCGAGCCCGAGGCCUCGCCAACGGCGGCGGAGCUGGAACCGGAAGCGGGCAAGAACAAGAACAGAGGCGACGGCGUCCUUCUGGUGCGGUUCGAGCUCAAGGCAGAGGUGGCCGUGCUCGGCGACGUGCUCGCCGCGUCCGCCGCCGUGCCGGUGCCCGACCUCGUCGCCGACGGGCGGACGCGCCGCGUGUCCUACCAGCUGGCGGGCCCCGACGGCAGGCAGCCCAAUGGCGUCAUCUCCUUCUCCUACGCCUUCCACCAACGGAACGCCGACGCCGACGACCACCACCACCACCAGAGCGGCGGCGAUGCCAAGCUUCUCGUCGCGCCCCCCUGGCCCACCUCCACUGUGUCCAGUCCCGUCGCGCAGCCACCGCCCACGACCGCGGCGCCGCGGCUGUACCCGGCGAUAGAGUGGCCGAUGACGGAGGAAAUACCAAUUUACCAUACACCGCUACUACCAGUACCAGCUGGGGCUGCGGCGGUCACGCUCGCUAGCUCGCGGUACUACCCUCCUCAACCGUCGUCGGCGGCUCCAGUGCAGAUGGAGCCGGUUGCGGUGUACCCGCCGCCGUUGCCAGAGACGUCGUCCUGCAACGUGUACCCAUCGGUAUUGCCGGCCAGCGCGAUGUACCCCCCGGUAGACCUUGCUCCAGUGAGCUGCUAUCCGCCGGCAUCAACAUGGAACGAUCGGUGUUUGUACGGCUGAAGUCAUCGUUCGUGGUUUUGGUUUUGUUUAUGAUAGAUUGAUAGUUUAAUUGAUUUACCGUUCCUUCAUGGCUCGUGCUGUCCGCCCAACCGCCUCGGCGUUUUAGCGGAGCCGGCGCGCGGCGUGUAUAAUUUACUGUUCUUAAGCCUGGAGGUUUCCAUCUAUCUUUCCAUGUUAGACAGUAGGCGUGCUCGUUUUAUAAAUUUGCUCCAUUUUGUUGGUGCGAACAUAAGGUUGAUUUAUCUUUGAGGUUUGAAUUAAUAAUAAGUGAUUGUCAAC